UGAAGCAGCGACGCCAUCUUCACGCCUCUGCUCACCGGCUGCUCUUCGGCUCAGCGGAGCGACAGAGCUGUAGCUGAUCCACCAGCAGGACGCUGCAAGCAGCCCGAUAAUCCCCCCACCCCACCCCCUGUUUUCCACCGGGACGCUAAAGCAAACCCUCCCCGCUACCUGAGCACCAUGACGGACCGGGACAACUUGGUGUACCAGGCGAAGCUGGCCGAACAGGCGGAGAGAUACGACGAAAUGGUGGAGUCGAUGAAGAAGGUGGCCAGCAUGGAUGUGGAGCUGACCGUGGAGGAGAGGAACCUGCUCUCUGUAGCGUAUAAGAAUGUGAUUGGAGCCAGGAGAGCGUCAUGGAGGAUCAUCAGCAGCCUGGAGCAGAAGGAGGAGAACAAAGGGGGCGAGGACAAACUAAAGAUGAUCCGGGAAUACAGGAAAACGGUAGAGAAAGAGCUGAAGUCGAUCUGCAACGACAUUCUGGACGUUCUGGACAAACACCUCAUCUUAGCCGCAACCACAGGAGAAUCCAAGGUUUUCUACUACAAAAUGAAGGGAGAUUACCACAGGUACCUGGCAGAAUUUGCCACAGGCAACGACAGGAAGGAGGCGGCAGAGAACAGUUUGGUAGCUUACAAAGCUGCAAGCGACAUCGCCAUGAUCGAACUCCCUCCGACGCACCCCAUUCGUCUGGGUCUGGCCCUUAACUUCUCAGUUUUCUAUUAUGAAAUCCUCAACUCGCCAGACCGGGCAUGCAGGUUGGCGAAGGAAGCAUUUGACAACGCUAUUGCAGAACUGGACACUCUGAGUGAGGAAAGCUAUAAAGACUCAACACUUAUCAUGCAGCUGCUACGUGACAACUUGACACUAUGGACCUCAGACGUUCAAGGAGAAGAUUAAGGACCUUCUUCUUCUGUCCCUCUUCUCCGUUAUAACCGUGUAUUUAGUGAAGAACAGAAAAAAGAAGCGCAGCAAGAUGCGGAGGAAGAAGCCCAGUGAGACUGAACAACUCAAGACAAACCUUCCUCCUAUUUUUCUCGUCCCAGCACUAGCUCCUGUCCCAUGCCACAGUUUCCAGCGGGGUUCAGCCCACUAUCUUCCUCUACCUUUCGCCUCACUUCUACCUGCCUUUCUCACCCUUCUUACAUGUACGCCAGCUCCCUGUCUCCCAAGGGUCCACUCAGGCCCUCAUAUCCACUCCCCCGGGGUUUUACCUUUUCUCUUACUCCUCCUUCAAGCACCAAACCGUUGAAAGUUGCAGUCCUCUGCCACUGUUUUUAUUUCGCUUUACUUUGCUGCAUCAUCUGUUGCCAAGUCUGCUUGCCUGUAUUUGUAACAUACAUAUGCAAGGGUUUAUUUAAAGAUGAAACUCGGUUGUUUUUUUUGUUUUGUUUUUGUCCUGUGUAUGUGUGUUCAAGAUGUGCAUCGUUUCCAUGCUGUCAGUUUGAAAUGCUUCAGUCCCCAUAAUUAGUGAGUACAGCAAUGGUGGAAGAUGAAAAGCAGCUUUCAGUUUUAACAAAGUGCCCUAUAAAUCUGCUCCUCUUACAUAUUGGUGUCUCUUUUAGAGACGAACAUCAGAAUGUCCCCAUUAAAUCAUCUCUGUCAUCUUGUCCUGCCUUGGAGCAAGAGUUGUGCUGUGAGACUAUAGUGCUUUUGCUAAAGUUACUUAUUUAGGUAAUGGCUUUUUAACAUAGAAAAUGUGUGAGAGAAGACCGCCCAGCACUCUUUGAUUACUGCAGUUUGCAUUAGAAACAGUUUGGGAAAAUGGGGGCAUUUAUCCCCCCGUCAUCCCUGAGUCUUUCAGGUUUCUUCAUGUCAUCAUUUCCUCUCAUUUCUUCUCCUCCUUCUGUUGGGUAUGUGUAACGUGAAUCUGAUUUGUACUACUGGAUAUUCUCACCGGAGCCAUAAGUACCAUCUGUAUUCUUUCUGAAACACAGCAUGGAAUAACAUUAAACUUCAAACUGAAAACUUCAAGCA